AUGGGGAUCCCCAAAUUUUACCGGUGGCUCUCCGAGCGCUACCCGCUCGUGAACCAGCCGGUCAAGGUGGCGGGCUGUCCAGAGAUGGACAACUUCUACCUCGACAUGAACGGCAUCAUCCACACCACCUCCCACGGCAACGAUCCCUCGAAACCUGUGUCUGAGGAAGUGAUGAUCCCGCGCAUGUUCCAGUACCUCGACCACCUCUUCGCGAUGGUCCGCCCCCAGAAGCUCAUGUUCAUGGCCAUCGACGGCGUCGCGCCGCGGGCGAAAAUGAACCAGCAGCGCUCGCGGCGGUUCAAGUCUGCCAAGGAGCGCCUCGAGGCCAAGCAGGCCGCGGAGGCCAAGGGCGAGAAAGUCAGCGACUUCGACUCCAACUGCAUCACGCCGGGCACCGAGUUCAUGGCCCGCCUCGUCGACCACCUCCGUUUUUACAUCCGCAAGAAGAUCGCCGAGGACCCCGCGUGGCGAGUGCCGAAGAUCGUGCUGUCCGGGCCGGACGUUCCGGGCGAGGGCGAGCACAAGAUCAUGGAGUACAUUCGCACGCAGCGGCGGCUCCCGUCCUGGGACCCCAACCAGCGCCACUGUCUGUACGGGCUCGACGCCGACCUGAUCAUGCUGUCUCUGGUCACGCACGAGCCGCACUUCUGCCUCCUGCGCGAGGUCGUGCAGUACUCGCGCGGGGGACGCGGCCAGCCCGCCCGCGAGGUCAUCACAGACCCCAACGAGAACCACUUCGUGGUCUUCCAGCUGAGCGUCCUGCGCGACUACCUCGACCUCGAGUUCCGCCCCGCCUCCCCCGACGCCCUCCCGUUCCCCUACGACAUGGAACGCAUCAUCGACGACUUUGUGCUCUUCUGCAUGUUGGUGGGCAACGACUUCCUCCCGCCGCUCCCCACGCUCGACAUCGCGGAGGGCGGCCUCGACACGAUCAUCCGCAUCUACAAGGAGCGCCUCCCCAUCAUGGGCGGGUACCUCACGGAGCGAGGAAAGCUCUCGCGCCCGCGUCUAGAGGCGCUCCUGGCCGAGUUCGGAACGCUGGAGCAGCAGAUCCUCGAGGAGCGCGCGGCGGACGCGGAGUCGUUCGCGGCGCGGCAGCAGAAGAAGCGCCGCGGCGGGGGCGGCGCGGGCAACGCGGCGGUACAGCGGGGGAAGCAGGUGCUGCCGCAGGGCGUGCCGACGGGCGCGCCGGCGGCGCCGGGCGCGCUGCCGCAGCGCGCGGCGGGUGUGCCGCUGUCGGACCGGUUCGGCGCGCUGGCGGUCGACGACGACGACAACGCGCCGUCGGAGGCGCUGGCGGCGGCGGGGCGCGAACACUCGGGCGCGUCGGGCAGCAGCGCGGCCUUCUCGCAGGCGAUCGCGGACGCGGAGACGGACAUCCCGCUCGAGCCGCUCGAACCCGUCGAGGAGGACGACGACGACGACGACGACGACGACGAGGUUGCGGACCACAUGCAGGGCCCGACGAUGAUGGCCGGGGAGGCGCGCGCGCUGUUCCUGGCCGGCCGCGCCGACGAGGCGCUCGCGCGCUGGAAGGACCGCUUCUACCGCGACAAGCUCGGCCUGCCGGACUCGGGCCCCUCGGCGCGGCGCGUCGUCCAGUCCUACAUCGAGGGUCUCCACUGGGUACUGGAAUACUACUACCGCGGCGUGGCGUCCUGGGACUGGUUCUACCCGUUCCACUACGCGCCCUGCGCGUCCGACAUGAAGCAGCUCGCCGACUGCCACGUGCGCUUCAGCCAGGGCGAGCCUUUCCUCCCGUUCCAGCAGCUCCUGGCCGUGCUGCCGCCGAGCUCCGCCGGGCUCCUCCCGGACGCCUACCGCGCGCUCAUGUGCAGCCCGGCGUCGCCGCUGCGGGAGUUCUACCCCGAGGACUUCGCGGUCGACUACGAGGGCAAGCGCGCCGACUACGAAGGCGUCAUCCUCGUGGCGUUCAUCGAUCAGGAGAAGCUGCUGCGGGAGGAGGCGAAACACGUCAAGCCCGGCAUGCUCCAGGAGCACGAGCGGGCGCGCAACCGCGAGGGCGUGAUCUUCGUGUUCGAGCACCAGGAGGGGUCCACGGAGACCACGUACCUCGAGUCGACGCUGCCGCGGUCGUACGGGUCGCUGCCGCGGUGCAACUCGGUCGUCGCGACGGUGCCGCGGCCGCCGCCGCUCGCGCCGGGCGAGGCCGGCUUCGGCGCGCUGUGUCCGGGCGUGCGGAUGCGGCGCAACGCGCCGGCGGGCUUCCCGACGCUGCACACGCUGACGUUCGGCUGGGAGCGCCGGCUGGGCGUGUGCAACGUCUUCGGGAUGAACAGCAAGAAGGAGUCGAUGGUGCUGUGCCUGAAGCCGCUCUCCGCGACGCUCGGGACCGCCGACGUGUCCUCCGCGGUGCGCGCGCUCGCGGCGUCGCCGGCGUUCGCCACGAUGCGCGUCUUCGUGCGGUACCCGUACCUCCAGGAGGCGCAGGUCGUGGCGAUCUCGGACGGCAUGCACCGCUACAACGCCGACGGCACCUCCUCCGGCAUCGACGGCCUCGAGCGCAAGGACUGGCAGGAGGGGGCCUCUGAGCUGGCCCGGAAGGCGCUGACCGCGCAGGGCGUCGACACGGGCGUCGUGGACUGCCUGCUGCACGUGCGGUGCUGCGAGGGCCUCGUCCGCAACCUCGACGGCACGAUCGAGAAGCGCUUCGCGCGGGAGGAGACGGCGGUGCCGUUGCAGCUUGUGGUGCGGCAGACGCAGCAGCAGGCGGACCCGAUGCCGCUGGCGCGCGCCGCGAAGAUGCUGCGGUUCGCGCCGAACACGCCCGUGCUGUUCCUCGGGCGGGCGCACUACGGCGCCGUGGCGGUGGUGCUGGGCGCGAGCUCGGCGACGGCGGCCGCGCUCCGGGAGGGCAAGAGCGUGGCCCCGGGGGACAUGCGGUACCGCGUGCGCGUGUUCACGCCCGCGACGACGUCCGCGCAGAUCGCGAAGAGCGCGCGGUCGCUGCUGACGGGCGUGCGCCCGCAGACGCUCCCCGCGCACCAGGUCGCGCGCAAGGUCGGCCUGUCGGCGCGCGCGUUCGGGUCCGUGACGAGCUCGAUCUGGGUGCGCACGGGCGACGGCCGCAACGACUCCGUCGACAUCGGCCUCUGCGUCAAGCAAGGCAAAUCCAACAUGGUGGUGCCGGACUUCUGCCUUCCGGACCCCGCCGGCCGCGCAGGCUACGUAUACACGCACGCGCUCCUCCGCGCGCUGCAGCAGUACAAGAACACGUACCCCGGCGUGUUCGACGCCAUCGAGACGUGGUGCAACUCGUCUGACCCGGCGCCGGGGGGCAAGCGCGCCAACCUCCAGGCACGGGACCUCUUCCCGGCAGCGGCCGACGCGGCGGCGGAGGUGCACAGGCUGCACAAGUUCCUCGCGGGGCUCGAGACCGGGAAGCGGCCGAUGGUGCGCGAGGACGCGGCCGUGGCGUUCGCGGACGCCAUCCGGCAAUUCCAGCUGUCGCUGCCGCAGGGCGCGGCGGCGGCGGGCGGCGUGGUCGAGAUGGACGAGGUGAUGCCGGCGCUGCUGCUGCCGCCGGUGGACCCGGCGAGCAAGCUCCUGACGUCGCUCACGGGGGGGGAGUUUUGCGUCGGGGACCGCGUGGUCGCGGUGGGGUCCACGGGAACUCCCCCCUUCGGCCGGCGGGGCACCGUCGUCGGCGCGUUCGAGACGUACUGCGAGGUCGUGUUCGACGCGCCGUUCCAGGGCGGCAGCAACCUGUUUGGCCGCUGCACGGCCGACACGGGCGCGCUGGUGGGCACGCAGCUGCUGCUGAGCACCAGCCGCCCGCGGGCCGUGCCGGUGCCGCGCCACGCCAUGCCGAAGAUCGUGCGCGCCGCGGCCGAGGCCGGGCAGGCCGGGAUCGUCCCCGUCGACGUCCCUGCGCCCACGCAGACCCAGAAAUCGAGCGGAGAGAAGAUUUCGCAGAAGGUCAAGGACAUUCACGCCGCCAUCGACAUGAUGAUGGCGAAGACGGGCGGGGCCGUGCCGGGGAACCCGCAGCCGCACGCGCCGCCGCCGCCGCCGGGCGCGCACCUCCUGGCGAUGCUCGGGCGCGACGCGCAGCAGCCCGCGCCGCCGCCGGCGUGGGGCGGGGCGUCGAUCGGCGCGAUGGAGGCGGCGCAGGCCGCGACGGCGCGCGCCCGCGCGACGAAUCCUGAAUUCGUUGCUGCGCGAGAGAUGGCGGCGGCGGAGGCGGACAUGGAGGCGUCGGUGGCGGCGCCGGGGCCUGGCGCGACGGGGCGCGCGGUGGGGUCGCUGGACGCGAUGUACGCGAGCAUACAGCAGCAGCAGGAGGCGCAGGCGCGGGCGCGGGCGCAGGCGCAGCGCGCGCAGCAGGCCGAGGUGACGGAGAAGAGUUUCUGGGAGAUGAUGACGGCGGCGGGCGGGCCGAAGAAGUGA